AUGCCGUCCGUUCUGGCGGUUCUCGUUCUGCUGCUUUCGUUGAGCCCGGCCGACUCUCGGCGGCCACCCACGACAACCGCCUCCUCCUUCACCUACGUGACCGCCCAGUCCGUGCACGACGCGCUGGCGGUGGGUGAUGGCCUCAAGAGCGUGCAGCCCUACCCCAAGGAUUGCCUCACGGGCACUUGCGAGUGGUACCUCAUGGCCUGA